AUGAAGCAGUAUAUGAGGCGAAACGAGAAGCAGAUGGAACGGGAGAGGGAGAUGGCCAAGCAGCUGAUCAAGGCGAACAAGAAAGAGUCAGCUCUUGCCACUGCUCUUUUUUAUGCUUUCUGCGCCGUCUCAGUAAAUGAACUAGAGUUUUCUGAGAUUGUGCAGAGGGUUGUGGAAGAACUGAGGCGAGGCAAUGAAACACUGAAGCAGAUGAAUAAGAUGUUUUCCAUAGAGGAUAUCGAAAAAAUUAUGGAUGAAACAAAGGAAGCUGCUGAAUUUCAAGAGGAAAUAUCAAGCAUGCUUAGCGGAAAGCUCAGCGAAGAUGACAUGGAAGAAGUGGAAAAUGAGUUUGCAAAACUAAUGGAAGAAGAAAGUAAACUAGUGCUUCCUGAGGUUCCUUCCGAUGUCUUGCCGGAGAGGAUACCAGAAAAAACAAGUAAGUUUCAUCCGCGACAAUCAUUUGCUAGUUUUCAGAUUUAA